ACACAUGCUUCCUAAGCGUUGGGAGCUCGUGCUCAAUCACUCAUGACUGGUUCUCGAAACGUGACGUCACGCAUCUGCUCUCCAAGAUUCUGAAUCCAAAUCUCAAAAGAAAUCUCUCACGCUCGGAAUCAAUAAUCCGUCUUUGCGAUUGACGGCUUGUUUCAGCUCCUUCUGCUUCACCGGAGAAUUGGAAUCAGUUCCAUGGCUGAUCUCAAAGAACGGCUGCUUCCUACAAAAUAUGCACCAGUUGCAAACAUGAGAGACACGUCUUAUAGGCCAUCUGCCUCUGGUCGACAACCAUUCCAAGGACUCGAUGUCCCAGGCCUUAAAAAGCGUGGCCAGGGAGUGAGGUCAUGGAUCCGCGUGGAAGCUUCCGGAAACUCCCAAAUCAUUGAGGUUGACAAAUUCACUAUGAUGCGCCGCUGUGAUCUCCCGGCACGUGAUCUACGGCUACUUGACCCGUUGUUUGUUUACCCAUCUACAAUUCUUGGAAGGGAAAGGGCUAUUGUUGUUAACCUUGAGCAAAUUAGGUGUAUUAUAACGGCUGAUGAGGUUCUGCUGCUGAACUCUCUUGACAGUUAUGUUCUCCAGUAUGUGGUGGAGUUGCAGAGGCGGUUGCAAUCUGCAGGGGUUGGUGAGGUUUGGCAACCGGAGGGUCCUCAGUUGAGCCGAAGGAGAGGAAGUAGAAAUCUUGAGGAUAUAUUUGGGAGCUCAUCACCUGAUUAUUUACCCUUUGAAUUCCGUGCUCUUGAAGUUGCCCUCGAAUCUGCAUGCACUUUUCUUGAUAAUCAGGCAUCCGAACUAGAAAUCGAAGCAUAUCCUUUGUUGGAUGAGCUUACAUCAAAGAUAAGUACAUUAAAUCUAGAGCGUGUUCGUCGAUUGAAAAGCAGACUUGUUGCCUUGACUCGUCGUGUCCAGAAGGUUAGGGAUGAGAUAGAGCAACUUAUGGAUGAUGAUGGUGACAUGGCUGAAAUGUAUCUUACUGAGAAGAAAAGGCGGAUGGAAUCAUCGUUGCUUUAUGGUGAUCAAUCUUUGAUUGGAUAUAGAUCAACUGAUGGCUUGCUGUCUGUUUCUGCUCCGGUUUCUCCAGUUUCUUCUCCUCCCGACAGCAGCAGGAAGCUUGAAAAGAGUUUGAGCAUAGCUAGAAGCAGGCACGAGAGCAUGAGAAGCUCAGAGAGUGUCGCAGAAGCACAAAGUAUAGAGGAACUGGAGAUGCUCUUGGAGGCUUAUUUUGUUGUCAUUGAUAGCACCCUCAACAAGUUGACUUCGCUCAAGGAGUAUAUUGAUGAUACAGAAGAUUUCAUCAACAUUCAGCUGGACAAUGUGAGGAACCAGCUGAUACAGUUUGAGCUGAUACUAACAACUGCAACGUUCGUAGUUGCCAUCUUCGGCGUGGUUGCGGGUGUGUUUGGUAUGAAUUUUGAGAUCCCAAUGUUUCAAUACGACAACGCAUUCAAAUGGGUGCUCAUAAUCACUGGGGUCUGUGGGCUCGCGAUUUUCCUAUUGUUUUUGUGGUAUUUCAAGUACAGAAGAUUAAUGCCACUGUGAACAUGUAGGGCGUAGCUAUAUGUAAACAUUCAUUGUUCAAAAACAUAGGAAGAGUUUAUUUCAGUUGUACAAAUGAUAGUUUCCAUUGG